AUGCGUCGUUUGAAUCAAGCGAGGAAUCGUAGGGUACGGGAGCUAAGCGGCCUUUCAGGAAUUUCCAAGAGUGAAUUGUGGACUGCGCUCGUCGUCUUGCUCCUGGCCUGCGCCGCUCGUGGCGCACGCGGUUAUGAUGCCAACGGAUCUUCCAUCAUGAACGGCAAUGGCAGCAGCAGGAGUCACGUCAUCACGCACCGCACCGGCAGCACCACCGAUGUCGUCACGCACGGCAACCGCAGCAGCAGUGACAUCGUCAUGCGUGGCCACGGCAGCACGGGGCAUCGGAGGCAGCUGCAGCUGGUGGGGCAGGUGAAGGCCUUUGAAGCCGAGCUGCAGUAUUACGUGAGUGCUACGUGCCUGCGCCCAUCAGGUGAGUGCCACGUGCCUGUGCCCAUCAGGACUCACCGCGAGCGGGCCAACCUGCUAGUCGAGCCGCUAGGCUUUGCGUUCAACUCGUCCAAUCAGCAGCGCGUGCUGCUGCACUACCUCGAGCACGACCCCAAGUGGGGCACUCUCGCCCAAUGCCGCGGCGACACCUGUCCCUCCAUGACCUCCUGCGGGCCCCGCUUCCCGAACCUCCAAGCCUGCUUGAUCCCGGACCUAGUUGAGCCAGAAAUCUAUUGGCCUGAGCCGCCCGUGAACUGCCCGAAGAGAAUUGAGACGCAUUUGAGAGAGGAGGCGGGAGGGGGAGGGGGAGGGGGAGGGGGAGGGGGAGGGGGAUGGAGAAGGGGAGGGGGAGGGGAAGGGGAAGGAAGAAAAAGAAGACGAUUAGGAGGUGGAGAAGGGGGAGAAGGAGGAGGAGGAGAUGGAGGAGAGGGGUGGACAUCAACACACGUGUAUGAUGGGUACGAUGAGUCGUGCUCACACAAGCAGGACUUUAACCCACACCACCCGAGUGCCCCGCAGCUGAUGCAGCUGCAGAACGUGUAUGUGACGGCCAAGGGGACUGUGUUCAACCGCACUCAUAGCUUUGUGCGCCCGGGAUGCGGCCGCUUCAAUGAGCAGAUCUCCUUUUCAGCAGAGCAGCAGGUGCACGUGCUGCCGGCUGCGUUCAGCUGGGCGUACUCGCAAGGCUUCAACUUCUACCACUUCAUUGUCGAGACAAUGCCUCUCUUCCUUGUUGCCGCACCGCUGCUGCCGCGCCUCCUGCCCUCCAUCCCUAUCAUCGCUGAAGACAUGCAGUGGGACGCGUACAAGCGCUUCGGCGAGGUGCUGAUAGGAGUGAAGUACGGUGCAAUGCGGUCGCUGCCCCUCGUAAAGGCAGACCUCUUCUUUGUUCACACUCUCUACGAGCCCAUGACUCAGGACUGUGGCAAUCCCUCCACGCUGCUCUGGCAGUCCCUCAGGCGCACCCACCUGCUGCACCCACGCGGCCUGCCUCUCUUCCGCCCCGACUGGUCCUACCAACCGCCACAGCCGCUGUCGCCGCAGCAGGCGCAGGCGCUGCCGCCCGACUGGGUGGUGGUGCUGGCGAAGCGCCUCUCUAAGAAGCGAUCCAUUAGUAACUUUAACGAGGUGCAGGCGGUGGUGGAGAGGAUGUUUCCCAAAGAGAGGAUCGUGCUCUUCACUGGGUCGCUCACGGUUCUCGAAGCUCGGGACUUGUUUCGCCGCACCCGGCUCUUCAUAGCGGGGCAUGGUGCAGCACUGACCAAUCUGGUCUUCAUGCCAGAAAGGGCAUCAGUGCUGGAGAUAAGGCCCGAUAACUGCGCUGUCCUCGCAACUUGUUCCGUCAAGCACGGCUCUUCAUAG